AGAGAGGAAACAGGAAAAGGAACUUUAACUCCCUUUGCCUGGACGGCACAGACCAAAGGGGCGGAGACGGUGCGAGGAACGAAAGAGAGAGUGUUCAUUUGUGUCAGAAUCAAGGGAUGUGGACGAACGGCCUGACUCCGUAAAUGUGGACGAACCCAUCGUCUGUGAGAUCUCGUGCCCGACUUCAGCUGUGUGGUGUGUGGACCAUGAAUCCCCUGUUCUCUUCUGUCAUACUGCGUCUGAUAGGCUGCUUAAUUACAGUUGGUGCUCUGGAUAUCUCAGAUGUGACUCUCAUAAAUCCAGACCCGGUCGUGUCCUCAGCAGAUUCACCGUCACUUAUAUGUGUGAGCAGUGACUGGACUAUUUCUGGCACCAGUUCCUUGAGCUUAGGCCAUGAAUCUCGCGAUCAUGAAACUCACAUCUUGAGCGCAGAGCCGGAUGAAAGCUACCAUGCUGCCGCUAAAGUCACGUGGAUGUCACGUAACAACACCUUUGGAGAGUUUUAUUGCCACAUAAAGAACUCAAAUGGAAGUAAAAUCUACACCUACAAGAUGCUAAAUGAAGCGUCGUUUCUUCCAGAGUCCCUGACUGUGACUGUGAAUGAAGGUGAAGAUGUAAACAUCUCAUACACAAGAAAGAGGGACUUACCAGAAGACACAGUCAUCUUUAAAGACGGAAAUUAUCAACAUACAUCACCCAAAGAGGACAAUAUGGACAUGGUCAAUUACCUUAUAAGCAACGCAAAAGCACAAAAUUCUGGAAUUUAUGCCAUUCGUUACAUUUCUGGUGCUCCUUUCAGCUCGGCGAUAACUCGACUGAUCGUCAGGAGUUGUAAGGCUGGUGUAUGGGGAGUGGACUGUACCAAGCCGUGUCCACCCUGUGUUAAUGGAGGCAUCUGUCACGAUGGGACAGGACAAUGUAUCUGCCCUCCAGGAUUCACCGGAGCCACCUGUGAAAUUGUGUGCGGUGAGGGACGCUUUGGGCGAAGCUGUAAAGAACGCUGUACGGAUGGACAAUGUCGGGCUUUGAUCUUCUGUCUCACAGACCCUUACGGCUGUUCAUGUGCAUCUGGAUGGAAGGGCUUUUCUUGCAGUGAGGGGUGUUCUGAUGGUUAUUAUGGUGCAGGGUGUAAACAGGCAUGCAACUGUAAACUAGGAGGAAAAUGCGAUCGCUUCAGAGGAUGUGUGUGUGCCGGCCGGCAUGGUGCUAGCUGUGAGAGACCAGAAAAGAGACCCAUUAUCAUGAGUGACCUGAGAGAUGUUGAGAUCAAUGCAGGAGUGGAGUACAGGGUCAACUGCUCUGCUGUGGGACAGCCUGCUCCUUUACACGGUGAAAUAAGCCUGUUAAAGCCAGACAAAAGCCCUCUAUAUACUCUAGACACCUUGACAGAAAGCAAUCAGACAAUGUCAAUGUUUAAGGCGGAGAAGAUGGCAAUUUCUGACAGUGGUCGCUGGUCCUGUCAUGUGAAAACCAAAAACUUUCAUGAGACAAAAGAAUUCCUGGUAAAGGUCAAAGUUCCACCCCAGCCCCAGAACCCUCCCAUCCUGAAUGCCAGCGGCCCGUAUCACCUGCUGGUUCUGCUUAAUAAAGAUCCCUUUACAGGAGAUGGACCUCUAACUUCUGUCAGGGUUUUCUACAAACAAACCAGUUCAUCUUCAUGGAAGAGCAUUGAUGCGAGCGGUUCUCUGGUAAGGUUAGACAAUCUUUCUCCCAUGACCCAAUACACCAUGUACGUGCUGCUCAGUCGCCAUGGACCAGGUGGAACAGGCCAGCCUGGGCCUGCAGCAACUUUCACUACACAGACGCUUGAGCUGCCCAUGGGUGUGACACUAAUGCCCAGCAACCAGACCUCACUAAUUCUGUCGUGGGACUCUGUGCACACUCAAGAAGAAUGGGUUUAUGAGGUUGAAUGUCAGCAAGCUGGUGCUUCAGGAAAUGUGAAAAGCAUCCAGCUCCCCUCGAAUUCCUCUGUCCUCCAUUUGACCAAGCUGAAACCAAGACAUAAAUACCAGUGUAAGGUGCGAGUGAGCACCAGCAUUACCGGACAGCCAUGUCCAAUCGUUACUGCAUGGACACUGAGCGAUCAGCUUCCUCCACCCCCUGCCAAUAUCUCCACAAGCAACAUUAGCGAUACCUCAGCCAUUGUCACAUGGUUGGUGGUUGAGGGUCACUCCAUCUUCAAGGUGUUGAUCCGUUACCAGCAGACAGAGCAGUCAGACUACAGUCAGCAAGUGCAGAUCGGUGUGCAAGCAGAGCAAAGAAGCAUGCAGUUCGAGCUCAGAGGCUUGAGAAGCGAUACCAUUUACCAGUUGGAGCUCUGGACUAUAAACAACAUUGGAGAGAGUGAGAAGAGACCCCAGUUAACCAUCAAGACCCUGCAAGAGAAUUUACAGCUGCAUGGGUUUGGAGGUCAUGGGAAUAUGCUCUUCUACGCAAUACUGGGCUCUGCUGGUAUGACCUGCAUUACAAUACUACUGGCCUUCUGUAUUGUACUGCAGCUCAGGAGAGCCACUUACCAGAGACGCAUGAUGCAAGCCUUUAACAACAUAGUGAGAGAAGAGCCUGUGGCCCAGUUCUUUUCUGGCUCCCUAAACAUGCAGAAGAAAACUCAGAAUGCCAGCCAAUCUGUAGCCUAUCCAACCCUGGAAUGGAGUGAUAUAAAGUUCCAGGAUGUGAUUGGAGAGGGGAACUUUGGCCAGGUGUUAAAAGCUCGCAUUAAGAAAAACGGACUAAGGAUGGAUGCUGCCAUCAAGAGAAUGAAAGAAUACGCGUCUAAGGAUGACCAUCGAGACUUUGCCGGGGAACUUGAGGUUUUGUGCAAACUAGGUCAUCAUCCGAACAUCAUCAAUCUUCUGGGAGCAUGUGAACACAGAGGUUAUCUGUAUUUGGCCAUUGAAUACGCUCCUCACGGAAACCUGCUGGAUUUCCUGCGGAAGAGCAGAGUAUUGGAGACCGAUCCCGCUUUUGCCAUCGCAAAUAGCACUGCGUCCACACUCUCAUCGCAGCAGUUAUUGCACUUCGCUGCAGAUGUGGCCCGUGGCAUGGACUACCUGAGCCAGAAACAGUUUAUUCACCGUGAUUUGGCAGCUAGAAACAUCCUGGUAGGAGAAAACUUUAUGGCAAAGAUUGCUGAUUUCGGCCUGUCCAGAGGACAAGAGGUUUAUGUUAAAAAGACCAUGGGUCGUUUACCGGUCAGAUGGAUGGCCAUCGAAUCUCUGAACUACAGCGUGUACACGACCAAUAGUGACGUAUGGUCAUAUGGUGUGUUGCUUUGGGAGGUCGUAAGUUUAGGUGGCACACCGUACUGUGGAAUGACAUGUGCAGAGCUAUAUGAAAAACUACCACAAGGCUAUCGGCUUGAGAAACCGCUCAACUGUGAUGACGAGGUAUAUGAGCUGAUGAAACAAUGCUGGAAGGAGAAGCCAUAUGAGAGACCAUCAUUUGCUCAGAUCUUAAUGUCACUGAAUCGUAUGCUGGAAGAAAGAAAGACAUAUGUCAACACAACCCUCUAUGAGAAAUUCACAUAUGCGGGUAUCGACUGCUCUGCGGAAGAAGCUGGCUGAUUAUUCAAAUGUUAUUUCUAACCCCAGCGGAGCAAAGGGUUCUUGUAAAUAUACAGAUCACUAGAACACUUUAUGUAAUCCUCUAAUCCAGGAUUCAAAGAGUAGAGUUUUACACACAUUGUGUUUUCCAGUUGUUUGAUUUGUGUUGUUCUGAAAUGUGUGCUAAGUGGAGAUACAGAGUGUUGAAUGUUAUUAGUGUGGCUGGCACUAUUACUGUUUUCUUGUUUUUAAUUGAAUAAAAUACUGUUGCUGUAA